AUGCGCUGCCGUCAUCCCGAGCUCGCGGGUGGGGCUCUCAUCGACGGGUGCGACGUUCUUGCUCUGCAAGAAACGUACGUGCGCGCGGGGGAGCUCAACCUGCCGGGCUUUGUGGCGUACCACAGUGCCACUAGCUGCCAGCAGGCGUCAUGCACGGCCAGCCCGUGUGUUGACCCCUCCCACCCGGCCGGCCGAUCGCGUGCCUCUCUUUACGUGCGCGCUGGUCUCGCCCAGGCCGAGGUGAACGUGUGCGACCUGCCUUGCGCGAAUGUGGAGUGCGUGGCUGUGACCGUGCGCGUCGGCGCCACCGACACAUGUGUUGCCAGCGUCUACGUGCGGUCUGGUAGGCGCUGGGACACUGAGUUCGUGUGCCGCCUGUCUGACCGUGUUGGGGGGGACCUCGUGGUGUGCGGGGAUUUUAACUCGCACCACACGGCAUGGGGCUCCAACCACAUCGACUGCAGUGGCCGCGGCUUGUUGGACAGUGUGCUCCGUGCUGGCCUACUCAUCGCCAACACCGGAGCGGUGACCUUCGUGCGCAGUGGCUGUGCGGGGAGUGCAAUCGACCUCACGCUGGUGUCGGACCGGUGCCACUACGCCUGGCGCCGCAACCCCGACACGGGGGGGUCGGACCACUUCCCCAUCUUCCUCGUGCCUCGCGCCACCGCCGACCUCCCGACGAGGUCCUACAGUGUUGUGAAUUGGCCGCGUUUCCGGGAACUGUGUGCUGCAGUGCCAGUCUCGGAGUGCGGCCUUUUUCGGCACAUCGCCGAGUGUGCGCGCGCGGCCACGACUCGCUGUGUGGUGCCGGCUGGAACACCCGUGCCGGACAUCAAGCAGUUAAACCUGCGAGCUGCGCGCCGAAGGGCACAGCGCAAAGCCGUGCGCACCGACAAGCGGGAGCACUGGACUGUUUACAACCGCUUGGACGCCGUCUGCCGCCGCCAUGCACGGCAGCGCCGCAGUGCGAGCUGGUCCAGCCUGUGCUGCUCGCUUGACGACCCGCGCGCGCGCUCGCGCCCGUGGCGCAUCCUGGGUGCGGUCCUCCGGCCCCGUGUGCCGCGCUGCCCCGCACUCUCCAUCGCGGUGGCACGCGGCAUCACCAACGCGCAGCUCGCCGAGCUGCUCGCGGCCACCUUCUGCCCUCCAACCGCGGCUUCGACCAGACCGACGGGGAUCCUCCAGCCGCACCACCACCCCCGGCGCGAGCUCAUGGCCCCCCAGCGCUAUUUCCCGGCGGCUGGCACCCUGGAAGAGAUCUCCGCACUGUGCACGGCUGAUUUCACCAUCGGCGAGCUGCGCACGGUGCUGGCGUCACGGAGGCGUCGCUCGGCACCCGGCUCCGACGGCGUCACUUACCAGAUGCUGCGGAAUUUCGACAGCGACCAGCUCCACCACCUGCUGGACGCUUACAACGCCGUCUGGAGAUCGGGCGUCAUCCCGAGGGAGUGGAGCGAGGCGGUGGUAGUGCCGUUGCUCAAGAACGGCAAGCCACCGCGCGACCCUGCCUCGUAUCGACCGGUGUCGCUGACGUCUGCCGCGGGCAAGGUCCUCGAGGCCAUGGCUCUUCGGCGCCUCGAGUGGAUCGCAGCGGUUCUCGACAUCCUGGCUGCCGAGCAGAGCGGGUUCCGCCGUCUCCGUGCCUCUGCCGACUCCCUGGCUGACGUCGUCACGACGCUCGAGGAGGCCAAGCACCGCGGUGACGCUAGCUACCUCGUCCUCCUCGACGUCAUGAGCGCCUUCGAUCAGCUGCCGCACGCCACGAUUCUCGACGCUCUGUGUGCCAUGGGGGUCUCCGGGAGGUUGCUCGCAUAUGUGGGGGCCUUCCUCAGUGGCCGUACGAUGCGUGUGCGCGUGGGGGGAGCGCUCAGUCAGCCGCGCGCCGUCUCGACUGGUGUGCCGCAGGGCAGUGUACUGAGCCCCUUCCUCUUCAAUCUCGCGCUCGCGCGCAUCGGCGACUACAUCCCUCAGCUGCCGGAGUACGAGGUCCGUGUCGCGUUGUACGCGGACGACAUCGCGCUGUUCGCCAGUGGUCCCACCGCCAGGGGCAGUGUUGUGCGCGGGUGUGUACAGUCGGCACUCGACGCAGUCGACGAGUACGUGCGCGGCAUCGGCCUCACUCUGUCGGCGGCAAAGACCGAGGCGAUGCUCGUCCAUCCACGCUACGGGGCCCACCGAUCGGCGCCGUGUUUCUCCCUUCGCGGUGAGAGCCUCCCGUGGCGGAUGAAAGUGCGCUAUCUCGGCCUCAUCGUGGACCACCGGCUCAAGUGGCAGCCGGCAGUGGCUGCCCUGCGCAAGGGAACCAAACGGGUGGCGAGUGCCGCGCGCACCCUCUUGGCCCGCGGUCAGGGCUGCUCCCCCACCUUGGCACUGCGACUCUACAAUUCGGUGGCCUCGGCGAGAUUACUGUACGGCCUGCCGCUCGCUGACCUCAGCCCAGCGAAGUGGGAGGCACUGGACAUGGAUCACCGAGCCGUUGUUCGACAACUCCUGUGCCUCCCACACACGUCACCAGUGGGCGCCACACUCGCCGAGGCUGGCGAGACCCCUAUCUCCCUGCGCGCCGUGGGGAGGGCGCUGGGCCACGUUGAGCGACUGCAUCGUUCGUCACACGGGCAGCAGCUGAUUGACCGGUUUCGUUCCCUGCCCAACUCCGGCAUGGGGCGCCGCGUCGUCGAGUUCGCCAGCCUUGUCGGCGCGGGACCGUCGUGUGCGUGGCUGCCGCCCCCUCCGCAUCGCCGCCGCCGUCUAGACAUUCGCAUCACCGUGCCUGGGGUCCGGGGAAAGCGCAACACCGCCGCCUGCGCCCUGCGACAGGAGACGGCCGCGGUGAUCGAGGAGCAGCUCGCCGGCCGCGUGCUGGUGUACACUGACGGCUCUGUGCUCCGGGACGGCGCGGCUUCGGCGGCGUGCGUUGCCCCCGAGCUCUCGGCGCAGUUCCAGUGCCGUGUCCUGUGUGCUGUGUCGUCGACGCAUGCCGAGCUGGCCGCCAUUGACCUGGCUGCCGAGCUGCUGCUCCAGCUUCCUGUUCAGCGAGCGGCCGUCCUGACGGACUCACGAGCGGCGCUCUCCAUUCUGGCCGGAGAAGAUCACGGCCCCACGCUCGCUCGCCGGCUCCGGUGCAAGCUUGACGGCGUUUGCGAGCGGGGAUGCGACCUCGUGUUCCAGUGGGUGCCUUCUCACAUUGGCCUGCAGGGAAACGAGGAAGCAGACCGGCUCGCAAAGGAGGCCCAUUCCUCGUCGGUCCCGUUGUCGCGGUUCGUGACGCGGUUUGACGUCGCCCGCCACUCCGUGGCCGGCUAUGUGAGGACGCAGCACCCCGACCCUCGCGUCGCCGGCGGCAUUCCCCCCAGGUUGCUGCCCCGCAGAGGCCUGAGCCGGCGAGACCGCGCUCUCAUCCUGCGACUCCGCAUCGGCUGCGCCCGGACGGCCGAAAGGUUGCAUCGGCUGACGGGUGAGGGCUCGCCGUCCUGUGGGGAGUGCGCCGACGUCGAGACGGUUGAGCACGCCCUCCUCCAGUGCCCCGCGCGUGCAUCGGAGCGCGACGCACUUGUCGCGGCAUACCAUCGCCUCGGGUUGCCCGCGGAUACCACACGGCAACUCCUGUUCCCAGCCACACACCCCUCCAUUGCCAGACACGCCUUCGCGUCGUUACUUGUUUUCUUGGAGGAUGCCGACCUGCGCUCUCGGCUGUGA